GCUUUAGCCAACGACAAAACAUCUACUCAAGAGCUACCAUUUUAAUCACGAGAGCUUGCAUCACUUCCAAUGCUUGAAUCAGCCAUCACUCAUUCUCGUUCUCGCGAAGAGGCUCUGAUUGUAUCAAUCAAGGACGGAGCAAGAUGGCGGGUCCAAUCAAGAGGUCCACAUUUAUUGUUGGUCUUGCUGUUGCAAAAAACCCUCACCAGACCCUUGUAGGACUCUACAACCAAACACUGUCAGUAUUACACCGUCUCCCAGAAAAGUUUGCAUAUCGUGAUCAAACAGAACAACUCACAAAGCACAGAUUACAUUUAGUAGAGCAGGAGAAGAAUGUUGCAGAGCUUGAGAAAAAGAUAAAUGAUGGUCAAAUUGAGGAGGUUAUUCAACAAGCAAAAAGUGAGCUCUCCUUAGCAGGAAAGAUGGAGGAAUGGAAACCUUGGGAACAGUUACAGACAGAAGCACCUGCUGGCCAAUGGCAGUGGCCUUAGUUUAUUUGACUGAAAUUUGUUGUGAAUAUAACCACUGUGAUUUGCAUGGAAUGUUCCUGUGAGUUUCUAUAUUGUUGUUUGUGUAAAUUGCAAGAAAUGCAUAAUUCUGACUUAGA